UGAAAUUGCUUCCGGUCAUGCGAUAUCUCUCGGUGGCGUCAUAGCUAAGUGUUUAGCUUCUCUGACAGCUGGAAACUGACCCUUUGAGGGCAAGGGAGAGGUCCUUCAAAGGUUCACCGUGAUGGUAAUCUUUCUUAUCUUCUAUAGCGGAGUCUUACUGACAGUAUGGGGACAACCAACUCUAUAUCCUCUGUCUAUCCAUGCCUGUCCAAAUGAGACGGUGACAUACUAUUGUCAUGGCAGUCAGAUCAGUGUAAUUGCGUGGAAAGUACCACCUUACAUUCCCUUGGCAGACCCAAUUCAGUAUGCUGCAGAAUUGCUCGCUGCUAUACACAUGAAUCGUGAGGAUAAAUUCUUUGCUACCCUCACCAAUGUCACGAGGUUGAAUGGGAGUGUGGCAGACAUGACUACUAGUCUAAUGAUAAUACGUAUGGGAUACAGAACAAGACAAACGUCUCCUGUCAAGUGAUAACAAGAGACUUACAGAAACCUCAGUCAUCAUCAAUAUUGUAUUUAACAGGUUUGCCACUUAAAAUUUUAUUGUGUCACUAAGCAAACUUAUUGAAAUACAGCUAUACCAAGCUUAAAGGCACCCUCUAUUACAUACCAAGAGAAGAAGGCACACAUCACAGCAGUACUAGAGCUCGGAGAUAUGUUUGAUGGAGGAGGAGUUCCAAUUGAUCACUACAUUAUUCAAGUGGACAACGGCACACAGUUGGAAACUCCAGGCCCCACUUACAGUUUUGACAUCAUGUACAAUACUACACUGUCAGUGAACAUCUCAGCCCAUAACUGUGCAGGAUACAGUGAUUUCUUUCGAGUAGAGAUUGAGUAUAAUGAAGAUGAAACAUUCAGUUCCAAAAGCAUUGUACCAUCCACAGAUUCAGUGGUACACCGUUCACCCAGUAUGACACAAAGUCCUACUACCCAGAGUCCUUCUAGUGAUUUCUCAGUUGUUACAAUAGUAGUACCAGCUGUACUUGCUUGUGCACUUACAGUCAUCACAAUACACUCCAUUGUCAUCACCUUACUGAUAAUCUACAGACAUCGUACUAAUAAAAACAGACAGCAGGAGAAGUGUGAUGUGGUGGAGAACUCUGCUUAUGGUGUCCAUGUUCAAGGCUCAGCUGGUGAUAGACUGGAGCCAGACUACAACAUGGAGAACAACCCACUGUAUGAGAUGAGGAUACUGUCAAAUGAGGGACACUCACACAAGACACAAACACCAGCUCCAGUCCCUGUGUAUGAGACUGUUGACAGUGUGGCAUUUUAAACUGUUUUUACUGAUUGUCUGUUCCGUUUUCAAAUACUGUUGCCAAACAGUAUCAUUGUCAAAACCUAUGUCCUGAUGGGCAAAACUGCAAAUAUAUAUUUUUUA